GCACUUUGACAGUGGUAUAGACAACAAAAUACUUGUGCUUUUAAACAAAAGGUAAUUGGUCUAACAAUAGAACAUAUUAUAUUACAUACCAAUCCCAUGAACAUGUUUUUGAAACCGCUGCAUUAAUUUGUCAUUUCUAUAGGCCUUUUAUUUUGAAAGAAUUCACAAGAAAUACGAUUGCAAUCAACGAUUAACUUACGGCUACUUUGGUGCUCGAACUGUGUUUUCUCCGGUGUUUUGUUAACCUGACGCGGGCUAGAUUCGUACUAAGAGGUUAUCUGCGUCUUAACGAGUUUUGUUUAUUAGUUACUGGACGCCGAAUGGUAACACAUGGUUUUAGUUUUUGAUGUCUGAUCCGGUGAAAACGGAGUGAUUUUAAAGUCACGCCGGAACAAAAGCGAAGACGACGAGUGGAGCAUUGGAGGCAUUUAUUCUUCAACAUCGUCGACACGAGGAUUUUCUAAGCCUCUCAGUGAUGUUGUGAGGAUGGGACAGGGUUCUGCUGGGAGCGGCUGCAGCCCUGGAGGCUGAUGAACCUGCUCUGUUGGCCGGUCAGGAUGCACAUUGCCUCAGUGGGUGUCAGCAAGAUCUGCUUCCUGUUUUCCUUGCUGUUCUGCGGCCUCUUGCUCUUCUUCAUCCCCUCGUUUCAGCCCUCGGCUCGUCAUGUGAAUCUACCUCAGCCCAGACGCCGAAUUCGACCAACACAGGUGGGCUCGUUGUCCCAUCCCAGAGAUCUAGCGGUCCAUGUGGACGGUGCAGAAAAAGACUCAGCCACAGGGCUAAAUUGGAGCUUAUUGGACCAGGGAGGGACCAGAGAAGCUGAGGAUGGCGAGGAAGACACUGUGGACGAUCAGAGAAGCCAAGACAGAUGGCCUUUCUCUAGAAGAAAAGGAAGCGGAUUGUCUUUGUCACAUGACCCAUUAGUGUUGAAGGACAUCUUUAUUGCUGUGAAGACAACCAGAAAGUACCACAAGUCCAGACUGGAGUUGCUGAUUCAGACCUGGGUUUCUCAAGCAAAGGAACAGACUUUCAUGUUCACGGAUGGUGAAGACAACGAGCUCCGACUGAGAACAGGGGCCAACAUCAUCAACACCAACUGCUCAGCUGCUCACACCCGACAGGCUCUGUGCUGCAAGAUGUCAGUGGAGUACGACAAGUUCAUCGAGUCUCAGAAGAAGUGGUUCUGCCAUGUAGAUGACGACAACUACGUCAUCCUGCCCAGCCUGCUGCAGUUACUCUCGUCCUACCACCACAGCCAGGAUGUCUACCUUGGCCGGCCCAGUCUGGAUCACCCUAUAGAGGCUGCAGAGAGAGUCAAGAGCGACGGAUCAGUAUCUGUUAAGUUCUGGUUUGCCACAGGAGGAGCAGGUUUCUGUAUCAGCAGAGGUCUGGCACUGAAAAUGAGCCCGUGGGCCAGUUUAGGGAAUUUCAUCAGCACGGCCGAGAAGAUUCGACUUCCGGACGACUGCACCGUCGGUUACAUCAUUGAGGCCCUGCUGGAAGUUUCUCUGACUCACACUCACCUCUUCCAUUCCCACCUGGAGAACCUGCAGAAGCUGCCCACGGAUGCUGUGCUCCAGCAGGUGACUCUCAGCUAUGGAGGCUUUGAGAACAGAAGAAACAUCGUCAGCAUAGUUGGAGGUUUUUCCCUGGUCGAAGAUCCCACCAGGUUUAAGACUGUCCACUGCCUCCUGUAUCCAGAUACAGACUGGUGUCCUGAAGUCAAACCACACCACAGACUGUACCACUGACAGUACCACAGACUGUACCACAGACAGUACCACAGACUGUACCACAGACAGUACCACAGACUGUACCACAGACAGUACCACAGACUGUACCACAGACAGUACCACAGACUGUACCACAGACAGUACCACUGCAGUAUUAGCAUUAGUAGUCUGGACCGCCGCCUCACCUUCCUUGUCUGGGUCUGGUAGCUGGAAAAUGUGAGGUGACAUUAAGCCUCAGCUCACGCUUCAUGAAUGCACAGCUCUAGUGUGAAUGAAUAGGCAGAGCUGCUUACUGUAAGUAAUUUGGAACCAAAGAGGAACUUUUUUUUCUGGCUAACAGACCAUGGAAGUGGGCAAAAUUGCUAUUGUCUGAAGCUCCAUUAUUUUUUUUUUAUCUAAAUGUAAAUCACAUUUAGAGAAUUGACCAUUGAUGCCAACUUCAGUCUUUGGAACUGUCCACAGUUCAAGUCACAGCCACAUUUGGAGAGGAAUUUGUAGCAAAUUUUGUGCCGUAAGGUUUUAUAUGGAUGCAAGUGCUGUGAAGAAGACUCCAACCUGAAGUUUGAGCUGCAUAUACAGUGAAGCAGCAACACAUAUUGUGGAUGGCGUUAACUAAUAAUUUGAUGGAAACACAUAGAAAAGCGUUCCUCCAAGUUCGGCCAAUCUUCACGCUGUAUAACAGUUUGAACUGAAGUGAUAAAUCUCACAUAUGUGAAGGAAUGCCCCCUUUUCAUGUACGACCACAGAUCAUCUCGUCCAUCAUUGUUGACGUCACAGUCUCAGUAAAAAUAACGUGAUUGUUGAUUAAAGGUUUUGAGCGUCUGUACUGACAGUGGUGUAGCCACAUGUAGAACAGCUUCCAUUUUGUCAGUCUGACGUUGGUUUGAUAAGUGUCAUGUGAUCACUCCCCAGCUGUCAUAUCUACAGUGUGUCUCCAUGGUUACCAAUGAUCUGGCCUGGUCUUAACCAAUCAAUUGUACCAGACUGGUGUGUUUUGGUUUUUGCACUAUGUUGUUAAUGUCACUCAGUUUUUUGCCUCUUGUUUACUUUUUUCUUAACAACAGAGAUGAGCUAUGAAGCUGGAUCGAGGUGUUCAAGAAAACAUUCCCACCUAUAUUGAGCUCACAACAGUUUUUCUGUUUCAAAGCUUCCUCAAGACAUUAUGCUCUAAGAUGUGUGGAAUAUCUUACAUGUCGAUCACUGUUUUCUCCUGUUUUUUUAUCCUUGGCUCUACGUGCUCACAACAGUAUUUCUGUCCAGCAAAAGUAUUUGUGUUUAACUGCUGAGCUUCACCAUUUUGUUUUAAUGCACAAAAGAAGAAAACUGCAGAGCAGAAAUUCUCGCUGCAGGUCAGCGAGUGAGGCAGAGGGAGGAAAAAUGCUUCUGUAAACUGUUUCACCACUCAUGUAUUACAUUUGGCUUUUAAAUAAUAAAAAAAAAUCUUUCCUGCAAAAUAAUAA